GACGGUGAAAGCCUCUGCCAGAGCUGGUGGAACACAGCAGCCUCUCGUCGGUAGCCCCCGGACCGAAAUAUAUGUCGAGUAUUGGUGGACUUUGGACCGCUUUACGACCCCGGGCUGCCUUCGAGUACCUUGUUUUGAUAAAAUAGACUUACUUUGCAUCCAGACUUUUUCUUUUUUUUUUUUUUUGUCUGGUCUUUUUUUUCUGACAUCGGGAGCUGGGGACGUUUUGCUGUCAGCUAACUUCCACACUAGGUCGCUGCGACGCCGGACCGCUGCAUAUGUUUUAUUUUAGCUUAACAGCUUGACUCCAGCCCCUUCCAUCCGUGCCCAAUGCUGAGGAAUGGAUAGUGUGUCUGCUAAAGGUGGGAAGAUGGUCGAGAGUGAUGAGCAGCCGGAGAGGGAGAGCGGCGGUGGCGCAGCGAUGGCCGCACUACAUCAAUGCGAACUCAUCCAGAAUAUGAUUGAUAUCUCCAUCUCCAGUUUACAGGGGCUACGGACCAAAUGCGCCGCGUCCAACGACCUCACACAGCAGGAAAUACGCACUUUAGAGGUGAAGCUGAUGAAAUACAUUUGUAAACAACUGCAGUGCAAGCAGAAAGUGCCAGAGACGGAGAGGCCAGAGGCCCUGGACAGCUACCCACACUUACGAGACUGGCUGCGCACCAUCAACCUACGACCAGAGCUCAUUGAGGCUGUAGAGGCAAAGUUGUCCCUGGAUGCCUUACUGCAGAUGACAGGUGCUCAGGUGAGGGAUACCAUGCGAAGACUAGGGUCCGGUUCAGAAGACUGUGCCAGACUCAGUGCUGCCCUCUCCUGUCUGAAGAGUGCCACUGAAUCAGGUGGUGAACUGAGGGAAGAUGGUGGUCCUUGGCUGUCCGAGCCCACCAGGAGGGACAGCGGCUCCCUGCUGACCGCAGACCAGCUAGCUAACAUGGGGACUCCCCUCCGACCCCACAGCCCCUCCCCUCUAGCCCGCCCCUCCACCAUCCAGUCCACCCCAUCCACCCCCAGCGCUACCUUCCCACAUCCACGUUCCAGCUCGGUGUCGGCAGCACCCACGCCUGACGCGCAGACGCCACACCUCCACAGCGAAAGUCCUCUGACAGACCCAUUCCCCAUGUCUUUAACUCGCGCCGCUAGACUCCACGGUCGCACUUCUACUCCUCCCAUAACCCCACCAUCUAAAAGGCGGCACCGACUGAAGCCCCCAUGCACACCUCCACCUCCGUCCCGUAAAGUGCUGCAUCUGCUUCCCAACAUCACCCUAACGCGCAGCAAAAGCCACGAGUCACAGCUGGGCAACCGCAUUGAAGAUCCACCCACCAACAAGUGUGUAAAAAAGAACAAGUUGUUCCUGAAUAUGCAAGUCAAUGGGAAUGGAUGUGAAGACUCGCCUUCUCGCUAUCCCAUCAUGCCUGCACGAACCCCCGGAGCGGCGCCAGCGGCCCCCACGGCACCUUACACGCUUCCUGGUACACCCACCCUCAUGGAAGAACACAGCACCAUUAAGAAUAACGUAGCAGUGCAUCGCAGCUCCCCACAAGCAGUGAGGAGGGACAUAGGCUUAGCAGUCACUCACAGGUUUUCAACCAAGUCCUGGCUAUCGCAGACAUGUCAGGUGUGCCAGAAGAAUAUGAUGUUUGGGGUUAAGUGUAAACAUUGUCGUUUAAAGUGCCACAACAAAUGCACUAAGGAAGCUCCAUCCUGCAGAAUCUCCUUUCUACCAACAAUUUCUCUUUUAGUCGCCAAAAUUCGGAGGACUGAGUCUGUUCCAUCGGAUAUAAACAACCCCGUGGACCGGACAGCAGAAGCGCCGCAGUUUGGAACGCUACCAAAGGCCAUUACCAAAAAGGACCAUACUCCAGUGCUGAACCAGUUGGACUCCAGCAGUAAUCCGUCCUCCACCACCUCGUCCACGCCUUCCUCCCCAGCGCCUUUCCAGCAGAGUAACCCCCCCAGUGCCACCCCACCACCCAACCCCUCACCCAAAGUCCAUCGUGAUAACCGCUUCCACUUCCCAGCUGCCUGUUACUUUCAGCAUAGACAGCAGUUUAUCUUCCCUGAUGUCUCAAGUCCUUCUACUUUGCACUCUGAUGUCCUUCAAGACACUGUCAAUGAGAUAGAGCAAUCAGCUGACGACAUACAUGCUGAGUUGGUGGAGGAUGAAGACGAGGAGGAGGAAAUUGAGGUUGAAGAUGAAGAUGCUGAAGAAGAGCAGGAAAAUGAUGAAGAGGAAGAGAAUGUGGAUGAAGGAGAAGACGACGAAGACGGAGAAGAGAUGAGAAUGAAUAUAGACUCGGACGGUGAAUGUGAUGGGGAUGAGCUGGAAGAUUUGCCAAGUUCUCAGGGAAACCAGUGGAAGGGUCCCAUAUCCCGUAAACCGAGCCAGACCAGCGUCUACCUGCAGGAGUGGGACAUUCCAUUUGAGCAGCUGGACCUCGGAGAACUCAUAGGGAAGGGCCGCUGGGGGAAAGUGCAUAAGGGUCGGUGGCACGGUGAGGUCGCCAUCCGACUCCUGGAGAUCGAUGGGAACAACCAAGACCACCUGAAACUCUUUAAAAAGGAGGUGAUGAACUACAGACAGACGAGGCAUGAGAAUGUGGUGCUGUUCAUGGGGGCCUGCAUGGCUCCACCUCACCUGGCCAUAAUCACAAGUUUCUGUAAAGGGAGAACACUGUAUUCAGUCGUGAGAGACACUAAAAACACUCUGGAUAUUAAUAAAACCAGACAAAUCGCUCAGGAGAUUGUAAAGGGAAUGGGCUAUCUGCACGCUAAAGGCAUUGUUCACAAAGACUUGAAGUCGAAGAACGUCUUUCACGACACCAAUAAAGUAGUGAUCACAGACUUCGGCCUCUUCGGGAUCUCUGGAGUUGUUCAGGAGGGGAGGCGUGAGAACAAACUGAAACUUCCACACGGUUGGAUUUGUUAUCUCGCGCCAGAGAUUGUACGCAGGAUGAGCCCAGGUAACAACGAGGACCGCCUUCCUUUCUCCACCGCGGCCGACGUGUACGCCUUUGGCACUAUUUGGUAUGAGUUGCAAGCUAGAGACUGGCCUAUCACCAACCAGCCUGUGGAAGCUACCAUCUGGCAGGUGGGGAGCGGAGAGGGCAUCAAGAAGGUCUUGGCAGAGAUUAGCCUCGGGAAGGAAGUCACUGAGAUCCUUUCUGCCUGCUGGGCGUACGAUUUAAGAGAGAGGCCGACCUUCACCCAGCUCGCCGACAUGCUGGAGAAGCUGCCGAAACUCAACCGCAGGCUGUCCCACCCAGGACACUUCUGGAAGUCUGCAGAGUUGUAGCAGUCCCUCUGAAAAAUAAGCAAUGCAAAACAAAGCCUGGGUCUGCCUUGCAUGCUCCUGAAUCCUUAACUCUUACAGGAUUGAUCAAAGCAUUGCCUCUGCCUGCAACAGACACUGCUUCCACUAAUCCACAGUCUGAUCUUCCAUGUUUAACUGUUGGGUUUUCUUGUUGUGGGAGAAAGGAUCGGUGGACUGAGGCGUGGAGUGGCGUCACAGUCGUCUCCAUGCAUUCCUUCUGUUCGUCUGAGACCUAUUUGCCUUUUUUUUUUGUUCUUUUUUUUUUUUUUGUUCUGUAAUGUUUUUGGAUUCUGAGGCUUGUGAAUAACUGGCUUGUGGUGUCUGUUCCAAGACUGACCAACCAACUUACCGACUGACUGACUGACUGGUGUGCUGUGGUUUGUGCCUGCUGAUUGGCUGCCCCGUCCUGGCCUGCUCACCUUCUCUGUGCUGCUUUGAUGUGGUUGUUCUCGCUGAGGCCCUGAACCACACGGCUCCUACACACACACACACACACACACAUACACACACACAUACAUACACACAGUGCAGGACACAAAAUGGACCUUAGUAUUAAAUGGACCACUGCAUUUAUCAAUGUUUUCUCUGAGGGUUUUGACACACGUUUGACAGGCUGCUUGAGUGAUGUACUCAACCCAGCUGCCUCUCAGCUCCACUCCCACAGUUGUUCAUAGUUGUGUGAUGGCAUGUGCUGAGAUGAGAUGGCCACCAGCUCAUGUCUACACAAUAUGCACUUUGUCAACAGGAGAAAAAAAAAAAGAUCAUGAACUAUAUUUUUUAUGUUGUUGCUAUUAUUUAGUUUUGUUUUGAAUUGUCACAUUUGCAGUGUUCUAUUUUUUUUUUUUUUUUUCCCUUCUACGAACUGUCUUCAGGAGGGUUUUCGCAGACCCCGACAGUGUGAUUCGCUCUCUUGUACAUUGUCAUUUUGGAAUAUAAUUUGAUAAAUUCACAGUCGAUUGGAUGCAUUUUAAAAACAGUGCACAGAUGAAGACUUCCGUAUGCUAAACAACAGUCAAAGAGAAAUGACGAUCCAAGUGAAAAAUUCCUUUCAUCAGUUACAGUCCACUUGGGAAUAGAAAAAUGCUGGCUAUUAAUGAAUUAAAGACUUUUUAAUAAUGUUCGUCCAUUGAAGUGUGAAGUGCACCUUAUGAGAAUAUGAGCUCCUUAGAAAGAUUCGUCUCUCAAGAAGUUGAGUGAUUUCAUUAUCUGCGCAAAAAAGAUAAAUCAGGAACCUAGCGCAAAAGUGUCCUAUAUCUUCCUAAAACAUUACCUCUUGUGCGCGCUUGUGUUACUGUUUGUGAUUGCUGGCUUCAUUUGGCGUGCUUGUAUUUAUGUGUUGUGUGUGGGUGCACGUGUGACUGUGUGAGUUACUGUUUUGGAAUAUGUAGGGUUGGUUUUGUGUAAGACUGCAGUAAAUGUUGUGUUGCAAAUCCAAUGGUAUGUAAUGUAAAUACAUUGUUUAAUGUAUAGCAAAUUAACAUGAUUCUUCUAAUAUUUGUAUAAACAUUUUAUAUGUAAAAUACAUCAUGACAUUUUUGAAUAGGUACUGCUAUGGCUAUUACAGAUGUAUAUAUAUUUAUAUUUUUUUCAUGUAUAAAAUACUGUAUAAAAACUGUACAUUUUUUUAGAAUGGGCCAAUACAUGUUUUUUUAUGUUAUGUAAAAAUUCAUAUUUUUGUAUUGCAUGUGAUUACCAUUCUGUACACAGUUUCUGUUUUCAUCCAUGGAGACAAUAAAAUGAGGCUUGUCAUGUAAGAAUA